GUUUAGUCUCCUCUGACUCCCAGGGCUCUCCUCCUUUAUGCUCUUGGGGAAGGGACUUCCUGUAAGGACUCCAUCUUUCGUGACCCUGAGAGUUUGGGGCCUGCUGUCUCCUUGCUUGCCAGCGUUCCUUGAUAUUCUCCAAACCUCCAGCUCCAGACCCACACAGUCCCUUCUAGAGCAGCCUGUGAGGACAGUGGUGACAGAUCUCUGCUUUCAGGCCAUCCCAUGGAGCACACCAAUAAAGUGAACCCUUUACAAAGAAGAGCACCAAGCUGGGGUGUUUACCGAAGACGAUACACCUAUUGGUCUGAACAGGUCAUUUCCCAGCAGCAGCAAGACAGAGAUUCAGAAGAAAGUGAUGCUUGUAUGGACAACCAAGCAAGAGAUGCUCGCUGUGAACUUCCAUCCCAUCAUUGGAGAAGUAGUUUUCAGAAACAAGACCAAAUGCAUAUUUACAUGGAGACAAAACAAAAGCCUCCAGAAAAAAGAAUGGGGAGAAACAGACAGGAUGAGACCUUGGGGAGCUGGUUCAAGAUCACAAUUCCCUUUGGUAUAAAAUAUGAUGAGAAGUGGCUGCUGAAUUUGAUUCAGAAGCAAAGCAGUGUCCCCUUCAUUGCAUUCGAAUUUCACUAUGAGAAAAUGCAGGCCCAGUUCUUUGUAGAGAAUGCCAACAUUGCCUGUGCAUUGAAGAAUAUCAAUGGCAAGAUUUUCAAUGAGGUUAAUGAAAAGAUAUUUAUCUUGGUUGAACCCUGUGAGUCACCCCAGUCUGUGCAGAAGGUGCUGACGUCUGAAAAGGUGGAGCAGAUAAAGUUUUCGUCCUUGGACCUGAGCAACAAGAAACCCUACCUGCUGGAUGGCCUGUCCACAAUUAUGAGGAAUGCUUCCAAUGCCCAGAACUUGAACAUCUCCAACACUGAGGUGAAGGCUGAAGGGCAGAUGGACAAGGGUCAGCAGCUGGAACCAGAAGGGAUAUGUGCAGACAGAAAUGCCGUGUGCACCAACUUCCCUGAUAAGUCAACCAACAUAAGGUUACUAAGCUUGGAUGGCCAGGAGACACUCUCAGGUUCUAAGUGUGCUAUUGAAGUUCCCAAGUUCUUAUCAAUGUGCAAGGGAAGUUUCUUUGGAUUUGAUCAGGUGAACAGUCAAAUCCUGCAAUUCCUGCAGGAGUAUUACUUGAUUCAUGACUAUGGAGAUCGCCAGGGACUCCUGGAUUUUUAUCACGAGGAGGCCUGCUUCUUCCUGACGAUUCCAUUCCACCCCAAGGACUCAGGAUUAAGCAGCAUGCGCCUGUACUUCAAGGACAACAGGAAUACAGAGAAGCUCAAGGACCCAAACCUGCGUGUCCAAAUGCUGAAACACACAAAACAUGACAUUGUGCAUGCCCUCUGUGCAUUGCCCAAAACUCAGCAUGACUUCAGCUCCUUCAUGGUGGACAUGUGUUUCCAGACGGAAACCAUGCUCUGUUUCUCUGUCAGUGGGGUGUUCAAGGAAGUGGAAGGAAGUUCUCAGGGCUGUGUGCAUGCCUUCACCAGGACCUUCAUCACUACUCCCAUCAGCUCUUCCAGUCUUUGUAUAGUGAAUGACGAGCUGUUUGUGAGGGAAGCCAGUCCCAGUGAAGCUCAGCGUCUGCAUUCUCCAUCACAGUGCCUGCACUGUCGACCACUUUCAUGUUCCACCUCUCCCCUGAGUAGCAUGAAAUGGUGUGGGCUUUCUCCUCCCAGUGUGGAAUCACCUCUAAUAGUCUCAGAUGUGACUGCCGGGUUUGCGUGGAGUUGGGAGGGAACUGAGAGGAGUGGACGAAUAAUUAAUGGGAACUUGAAGAAAAUGAGAUCUCAUUCUGAGAGAGAAAAGGAAACCAGAGACAGAAAUGAAGAGAAAGAGAGGCAUGUGGUUGAAUGGGGAAGUGAAGUCCAAGGAUUGAUUACUUAAUCUUCAAUGUCUUGAAACUUGAGCAAGAUUAAAAGUUAAUGUGAAGGAGCCAUCCCAUCUCAUUUUUUACCCUUAAAUUUGCCCAUGUACACAUUUUCUUUCUUAACCUCUUAUUUCUACUGCGGAGUAAAGAGCUAUUUCAAAUGGAAUAGUGUAAAUUUUUUUUUUCAUUUAUUUUUAUUAGUUGGAGGCUAAAUACUCCACAACAUUGCAGUGGGUUCUGUCACACAUUGACAUGAAUCAGCCAUGGAACAGUGUAAAUUUUAAGCCCAAUAUAUAUUGAGUUAUUAGUGAAUGAAAGAAUGGACCAUUGUAUUUCAAUGAAAUGGUAGUACUUUUAGUUUUUUGUCUCACACGGAGGCAGCAGAUAUUGGAAAUUCUGGUGUGACAUGGCUGGAAGUUGCAUGAUCUGAUCCCCCCUCUGCAGUGUUGAAUGAGAGACAGGUCCAGAAUUUUCCUAUCAGUGUAAUAACAUAAGGAGCAGUCCAGAAGCAGCAGUUAGGCAACACCACAGCUUGCUGCCCUGUUGC